AUGACAAGCGUUAUCGUCGACGACCGCGAUUCACUCAUUUCGUACAGCCCAUCAUGGAAACAGGAUAGCUCCUCCCUUGAGUUUGGCGGGACAACGUCCAUGCCACCGAAUCAAAAUGCGAAGGCUGUUUUUACCUUUACUGGUACUGAGGUGUCUGUCUAUGGCUCCAUUACCGGCAACCCCUCCCACCAGACAACGUUAGCCGUCAACAUCGACGGCGCAACCAACCAGCUCUAUCUCCCCACCGUCGCUCCCGGAAACAUCAUGCAUCACCAGCGCAUCUUUUCGUACUCCAAUCUUCCCGCCGGACAACACACGCUCACGAUUACCAACACCGACGCCAUCAUCUCGACGUUCCUGCUGGAUUACAUCACAUACACCGCUCCUAGUCGUGGCUCGGGCCAGAGCGUUAUGAUUGACGACGCAGAUUGGGGGAAGGUCUCCUUCUCCGGAACAUGGGGGCAGGAUAAUAACUUUGACUACUUUUUGCAAACCAGCCACCAUACUUCGACAAGGGGCGAAUGGGUCGAGGUCAAGUACAACUUCUUGGACGGCGACACUUUAUCUCUUCGUGGGCCUCUCCGCGGCGAUAGUCAAAGCCCUCUUGCUGCUACCGUCUCCAUCGACGGCGGCUCUCCAGUCUCGAUUCCUUCGAAAAACGCGCCAUCUCCUGGUUCCACCUCAUACAACAACAACCUUUACACGUCUCCCUCCCUCCGCGGAGGCCAGCAUACGUUCCGCUUUACCUACUCUGGUGGUACUGCCCUUGGUGUUGAUUAUUUCCUCGUCCAGGGUGGAAACAGCCCACCAGAUGACUCGCAUCAGCCAAAUCCUCCACCACCUCCCCCACCCCCACCGCCCACCAAGCCGGGCGACCCCGGAUCAUCAUCGACACCAAAUGGGCCAGGCACAAACCCAUCUGGGUCCUCCGCACUACCAAACGGUCCAGCCUCCAGCGGCGCCGCCCUCGCAAACCCAUCCGGCUCCUUGACUGGACCUACACGGUCGAAUGGGCCACUACCUUCUCUUGGUGGCGCAGUUAUCACCGACUCAAACGGCAAUGUUUUCAGCGCUCUAGGUCCAGUGCAGACUGGUACCGGUAGCGGCAAAUCCGGUUCUGAUGGCUCGUCCUCAGUCGGUCCGGGACUUUCUGGCUCCGCCAACCCACAGAAUGCCGCAAGCCAGCAUGGUCCGAAUCUUGGCCUCAUCAUCGGUAUUGUCUGUGGAGUAGUGGGCCUUUUGUUACUCCUCCUUGGAGUUUUUUGUUUGCGGAGACGAGCACAAGCGCGUCGUCGCAAACGGAUCGACUCCGCCUUCAGCUUUUACACACCCCAACCUGCAUCGAGAUCCGUUUCUGGAACCGUUCCCGCUACCAUGAUGGCCAAUACCGUCCCGCCCACUCCGCAUUCGGGAACGCAGAUGAUAAUGACUGUGCCAGAUGCUGGGCCCGUCAGCGCGACUUAUCAAGGACAUUAUACCGACUAUGCCGGCCAGGCCAUUGAUACCCAGCCCACAAUCCACACCAACAUGGCGAAUUCGUAUGUUGUCGCCGGACCUACCUCCAAUUCCACCCCAAUUACCACCACUCUCGACACCAAUGCCAACCUGGCCGUCCCGCCCAACUACCGUAGCCUCGUUCGAGACUCACAAGCCACACUCACCAACGUCCCCGGCGUUGUCGUCGGUGCUCCUGCUGCCGCUGCCGCUUAUGGCGACGAGAAAGUGGACGAAUGGGAAGAAGAUACUCGCGGCGGCCACAGCCCCGUCGAUGGUUAUGGCUAUGGUUCAGGCAAGAUAUACGAGGACGAGGGUAUCAAUAUACGCAACUCGCAGUAUGUGUCCGAUGACGAAUGGGAUCGCCCGGACUUUAAGCCUUGA